AUGUCUUUUUCUGGUAGAACUUCAACUUUGGUAACUAUUCCAACUGAUCGUGGUUAUGAUUAUGGUCGUUAUUAUGAACUUAAUUCUGCAAAUUCUAGUUUUUCUCAAAUUUUUCCAUAUUUUGAUUCAAGAUAG